CGCCCCAUAUUUCAUAACAACUCUAAAACGAAACAUAAAUAAUAACUGACAUUCUAUAGAAAUUAAGCUAAUUAGAAUCAGUCACUUUAAAUGAAAUGUGAAAAAUUACAAUAAUUGAACUAUAUUAUAUUACAUAUUAGUAAAAGUUGAAAAUGGAUUGUCUUAAGAAAUCAUUUUUAAAAUACAUUGUAAUUACUUUGUAUAUUUUAAAAUUGUGCCAAAAUACAAAUCAAGUAAAAAAAAUUAUUAGAAGAUUACUGUAUGAUCUAAAGUUACGAGUAUUAUUUGGGCUUGAAGUUCCAUUUAAAUGUGUUCCUGAAAAAAUACUUGAAAAACUUUUAAACAAUAGUUAUAAUUUAAAAAUAAUAAUGAAGUACCCAUUACAUAUACAUAAAUGUAUUUUUAUUAGUCAACACAUGUUAGAUGAAUUAAAAUUAACUAAUUUUCAAUGGGUGUUCAUGAAUGUAUGUUUUAACAAAUCUUAUAAACUUCCUAUAUUACAUUAUAAUAGAGUUAUAGUGUUAAAAGAUUUGAAAGAAAGAAAUUGCAUUCUUACUUCAACAAAUCUUUUUAAUUUAAAAAACUGUGAUCCAUCUUGUAAUGUAUUUAAACUAAGAUUAAUUAAACCUUUGGUUGAAAAUGAACCUAAAAUAUCACAAGAAGCUUCAAUAAUUGUUUCUAAGCCAUUUAAUUUUAAUAAUAGUAUGCAAAAAUUGAUAGACAAAGCAUUUUUUAAUUACUUUACUUUCCCCAUAUUCGUUUCUGUUGGAGAUGUGCUUCAUAUAGAUUUAAAUAAGUGGUAUCCAGAAAAUAAAUAUCUAAUAAAUCCUUCAAUGACUCAUAGUUUUUACAUAAAAAUUUUAAAUUUAAAAGGUAAAUGUACCAAUGAAACCUUAUAUAACUUUAAAAAAAGUGCUUAUAUAACAAAUAAACAAACUAAAUUAAUUGAGGUUCAAUGUUUAAAUAACAUGUAUUUACCCUCACAAUUUUAUUAUUUAACAAAUAACUCUAACAAUAUGAAAAUUAAUAAUUAUAAUGAUUAUUUAAUAAAUAUAAUUCCUGAUGGAUUGCAAGAUUAUGGUGAGGUGAUAAAAUCUUGGAUUCAGCCAUUUAUUAGCAAUACGCUUGUCGAUCUUCAGUCACUGAAACCACUGUUUUUAGUCUUUGGGAAUAAUGGCGAUGGUAAAAAUAUUCUUAUCAAAUCAUUAGCUCAAUUUAUUGGUCUGAAAUAUAUUUCUCAAUGUUGUUUUGAAUGGCCAACAAACAAUAUUGCUCAGUUAAAAAAAAAAAUAGAAUAUUUUUUUGAAAAAAUUAGGAAACAUUCACCCUGUCUUUUACAUUUAGAAAAUGUUGAAGCUCUGUGUUUAUCUUCAACAAAAGAUUUAGAACAAGAGUUGAAUAACAUUUUAGAAAAACAAAUGCAAAUUAAAACUACCAAACCAAUCAUUAUAAUAGGCACUACAAAUUUAAAAGAAAAAUUAAGUCCUAGUUUUUUGAGGCUUUUCCUGCAAGUUCUAGAAAUAAAAAAUUUAAACAAAAUUUCUCGAGAAAAAUUAUUAAAAUGGAUGCUGAAGAAUGAAUCUAUUGACAUUGAAACGUGUCUAUUUAAUAAGAUCAUAGAACUUACAUCUGGAUACAAUUAUUCAAAUUACCUAAAUAUGAUUUUAAUAGCUACAAAGCAUAAUACAAGUAUAAAUUCUGACAGAACUUAUCAAAUAAAUUUAUCUGAAUUUGAUAUUAUGUUUGCAAUUAAUGAAAUAAAUACCAAAUUUUCUAAAUCAAUAGGAUCACCAUCAGUACAAACUGUUAAUUGGGAUGAUAUUGGUGGCUUACAAUAUGUUAAAGAAGAAAUUUUAAUGGCUUUAAAACCUACAACUUAUAAUAUAAAGAGAUCUGGUAUUUAUUGUUUAUUACUCUAUGGACCACCUGGAACUGGGAAAACAUUACUAGCAAAAGCUGUUGCUACUGAAUGUAAUUAUAACUUUUUAUCAAUAAAAGGUCCAGAGCUAUUGAAUAUGUACAUUGGACAAAGUGAAGCAAAUGUAAGAGAAGUAUUUAACAAAGCACGUUCAGCUGUUCCUUGUAUUCUUUUUUUUGAUGAGCUUGAUUCAGUAGCGCCUAAACGAGGACAAAAUGGUGAUUCUGGUGGAGUUGGAGAUAGAGUUGUAUCACAAUUGUUAACUGAAAUGGAUGGAGUUAAUUCAGAAAAUCAAGAGAUAUUUGUGUUGGGUGCAACAAAUAGACCUGAUCUCAUAGAUUCUGCUUUAAUACGGCCUGGAAGACUUGACAAAAGUAUUUACGUAGGUGGUUGUGAAGACAAAGUAUCAAAAACUAAUGUACUCAAAGCUCUUACUAGAAAGUUUAAAUUGAGUUCUGAUUUUCUUCUUGAAGAUAUCGUGGAAUAUUUACCAAAUAUGAUAACAGGUGCUGAUUUGUAUGGUAUUUGUUACAAUGCAUGGUUGAUCAGUGCAAAAAGAGUCAUUCAAGAUAAAAAUUUAGUGAAAGGUAUCUCAAAAGAAGGCUAUGAAAACAAUAUUAUUGUCAAUAAAGAAGAUUUUAUAGAAUCUUUGAAAAAUCAAAACAUUAUUUAACUAUUUAUUUUAUUAAAAUCUUUAAUAAAUAAAAUUAAUUCAAGACUGAACUAAUAAAUAACUGAGUUUAUUAAAUA